AUGUCUAUUAAAAUUAAAAAUAAGAAUGAUUACCUUGCAACAUUUAAAAUUCUUCUUAUUGGUAACUCAAACGUAGGAAAAUCAUCUCUUCUAUUAAGAUUUACUGAUGACACAUUUUUACCACAUGAUGAGGUAUCAGCAACAAUAGGUCAAGAACGUUUUAGAACACUAACAUCUUCAUAUUAUCGUGGUGCUCAAGGUGUUAUAUUGGUUUAUGAUGUAUCAAUUCGUGAGACAUUUGAUCAAUUGGAUAAUUGGCUUAAUGAAUUAAAUACCUAUUGUUCAAAUAAAAAUAUAGCAAAAAUGAUAAUUGCUGGAAGGGCAAUUUCACGUAAAGAAGGUGAAGAAUAUGCAAAAAAAUUACAAACACCAUAUAUAGAAUGUAGUGCUAAAACAAAAUAUGGCGUGAAAGAAGCAUUUGCUGAACUUGUUAAGGAG